AUGGCUGUCAUCACCGAUACUGGCAGCAAAACCGAGGACCUAACACUUCAGCAACAAAAUGCUAAAAAUUUAGCGAACAUUGUUACCAUACCGGAAUUUUAUGCAAAUAAAAAUAUUUUCGUUACUGGUGGCACUGGUUUCCUGGGCACAGUUCUAUUGGAAGCACUACUCGACACACACCCCGAUAUUGGCACUAUAUACGUACUAGUCAGAGGCAAACGUAAAUUUGAUCCAAAUGAGCGCAUCAAUCGUCUAUUACAAAAACCGAUUUUCCAAAAGUACAAUGAAAAGACUUUGGCUAAAGUGGUACCCGUGGUUGGCGAACUUAGCGAAGUGGACUUUGGCUUCAGUGAUGAAAUACUAAACGAACUCAUUGAUAAAGUCAACAUUAUUUUUCACAGUGCAGCCACCAUAAAAUUUAGUUCCCCUCUGCGCACAGCCAUAAAAACAAACUUGACCGGAACCAUGCGCACAAUUGAAUUAGCGAAAAAACUAAAGACACUAUCGGCCUACAUUUACUGUUCCACAGCAUUCUGCAAUAGCAACAAUCGUGGCCUAAUCAUCGAGGAAGUCUACAAAUCACAAUUCGAUCCUUAUGAAAUGAUGAAAAUGGCUGAAGAUGAUGCAGUUUGGGAGAACUUUACUGAAGAGAAAUGCCGAGGCAUCAUACGCGAUCAUCCGAACACAUAUACGUUUACGAAGAAUCUUUCUGAAAAUUUAAUGAUGGCUGAGAUGAGUGGUUUACCAGCCGCUAUCGUAAGACCUUCAAUCGUAUAUGGUACUUGGGAACAUCCAAUUAAGGGUUGGGUUGGUAAUGCAAAUUCUGGUCACUUGGGUUUCUUAGCUGGUUUUGUAAAGGGUAUUUUCCGUACCAUGUGUGGACGUGCCACCUCUGUCAUUGAUAUCAUUCCCUGCGACUAUGUGAUCAAUUCAUCAUUAGUCAUGGGCUGGUACGUGGGUACACGUCAUCUCAACCAGCCCGAAGUUAUACACUGUACAUCAGGUGAAGUGAAUCCACUGACCUUGUCCGAAUUUUGCGACAUUAUGAAUGCAAGUGUUGAGAGGCAUCCACCAAACAACUUCGUAUGGAAACCCGCGGCAAAGUUGCGAAAUGGCUGGCGUUACAAUCUCUUCUUCUACCUAUUUCACAUACUGCCCGCAUUGGUGUUUAUAAUACCGGAAAAAUUGUUUGGCAUAGGAAUGCCGCAACACACCGCUUACGAGUACAUGCGGGUUUUCCACAAAGGCACCAAAGCGUUUGAUUAUUUCUUGGACAAAGAUUUUCGGUACUCAUUGAAGAAUGCUUUGCGAGUUAUGUCAACCAUGCAUGAGAGUGAUAAAGCACGUUACAAUUUUGAUUCUAGUCAAUGCGACUGGUCCGAGUUCAUAGAUCGUUGCCUCAUUGGCUUACGUCGUUAUUAUUUUAAAGAAGCCGCUGUAACCACCUCAUGGCAUCGCAACUACUGGAAAGUUUUCAACAUUUUGUACUACUGCGGCUAUGUAGUACUUCUGGCUGUAAUUUUUGGCUUUUGUGCACCUUUCCUAGGUUUGAAAGUAGGUCUCGGUCUGGCACUUCUUAUCUGGGCCUUCCUAAUUUGGUUAUAGAACUACCUCACCACACGACUUUUAUUAUGUCUGGUUAAUAUAUUUAAGUCACUUUAUGUACUUCUUACUAUCAUGUUAAUUUUAUUUUUAUUUAAUUUUAUUAAAGUAUUUACUCUUUUUGUUAUGUGGAGAGAACCACAUUACUCGGGCAUAGUUUUAAGUAAAGUCAGCCUAUAUGUAAACCUAUUCAGAAUUUAUGUAUAAUUGAAGUGUACUUUAAAACGAAAGCAUAUAAGUAUUCUUAUUAAUAUAAUUACUUAUAUAUACAUAAUA